AGUCGUGUACAAUGUUUUUCAUUUGUCGGCCAUUGCACCUGUGUGAUUUACAAAGUAAGUCCCAAGUAGUAUUAUUCACAUGCUGUAUUAUUAUUCAGUGCAGUUGCCAAUAUGUUACGGAAAAAACAUUUCAGGAAUGUUGUAGUUUAAGUCUUCUUUCCAUCCCAUCCUGUGACACACAGUAGGUGGCGGCGUGCACCUCAAAGUCUCCGCUCGUAGCGAAACCAACGAAGAAGAAAAGCGGACGUCAUCCUCGGGCCUAGCGACCCUUUGAUGGUCGGUUAGCUAACGUUACGUUACCGCGAAAAGGUCUUUUUCACUCGCGGUCGACGGCGAGCGUCAACUCCUCAAAACGUAACCGGGGACGGAAAGUCAGCGGCGUCGACCCGUCUGAUGAGAAAUGUACAAUAGUCUCACCGGCGCGCUGGCCAACGUCUGCAACCGUUAGCUCGCGAGCUACACACAUUAACGGUUUCUCAACCGACGGGAGCCGCCCGCCCGCCGCAGUACCGUCGUUAUCGGCGCUGAAACACCGGAUGCGAAGAAGGGUGCUCGCUUCGGUCCGAAAAGUCGUGACGGCAUGGCGGCCGCUGCAGCGCAGUGGGACGAGCGCCAAGCGUACGAGGAGCUGCUGUACUGGGACAGCGUCAUUCAACAGGGCCACCGCCUCCUCCCGCACGACUUCGACAGAUACGAGGAUCUGCGUUACUGGUAUGACUGCCUGUGCUACGAGGAGGAGCUGAGACAGUACCACGAUUACAUGGCUGUUAUGGAGGAUGUUGAGGACCAUCGGCAUCAUGAGGAACCUGCGGUCCCCCAGGUGCGCGCGGGGCCACACGAUCGUCACGUGAUGGCGAAACACUCUGAGGUGUAUCCGUCGCCGGAGGAGCUGGAGGCGGUGCAGUCCAUCGUCUCCCGCGUGGAGUGCGCCCUCAAGACUGUGUCCGACCAGAUCGAUACGCCAAAAGAUGACAAACUAAAUGCAAAGCCGGGGAGUGUUGCUUCACAAGAGCCUAUCCUGAGUGGGGUCAUGAGGGUUGGCCUGGUGGCCAAGGGACUGCUGCUGACGGGAGACAAGGACCUGGAGCUCGUGCUGCUCUGCUCCAAAAAGCCCACCAUCACUCUGCUCAAUGAAGUGGCUGAGAAACUAACCGCACAGUUAGAGGCAAAUUCAGCUUGCACGUAUAAAGUGAGCCAGCGUCCGGAGGAUGCGGCGCUUGUUGUGACGAGCACUAAGGAGUCAACCCUGACUCUCACUAUCCACCUCACAUCGCCUCUUAUCAGAACGAAGCAAGAGAGUAAGGCUGCAGGAAAAGACAACAAAGAAGAAGAAGAAAAGGAGAAAGAAGAAGAAGAAGAAGGAAAAAAAAGAAGAGGAGGAAAAAAAGAAGAAGAAAAGGAGAAAGAAGAAGAGAAGGAAAAAAAAGAAGAAGAGAAGGAAGAAGAAGAAGAAGCGACGCGAACGGUCGACGAUCCGCCGGACGUUCUGGACAGGCAGAAAUGCCUAACUGCGUUGGCGUCUCUCCGCCACGCCAAGUGGUUCCAGGCCAAAGUCAACAAGCUGAGUUCUGCCGUCCUCGUGAUCCGGAUCAUGAGAGACCUGUGUAACCGCGUUCCCACCUGGACGCCCCUCUCAGGAUGGCCUCUCGAACUGCUGGUGGAGAAGGCCAUUGGGACGUGCGAGCGACCAAUGGGAGCGGGCGAGUCAUUGCGCCGCGUCCUGGAGAGCGUCGCUUCCGGAAUCCUCCUGCCAGGUGGCCCCGGAAUAAAAGAUCCGUGUGAGAAGGAGGCGGUCGAUGCCACUGCGUGUCUGACCCUGCAGCAGCAGGAAGACAUCACCCAGAGUGCUCAGUUUGCCUUGAGGCUUUGUGCAUUUGGACAAAUGCACAAAGUGUUGGGGAUGGACCACAAGCCCAUGAAGCCACGUAGUAAAUCAGCGGGACCCAGCAACAGAGAAAGCACAGCCCAAAUACCGCCCGCUGGACACUCCAGCCUGCCAUCCAAGAGACCUUACACGGAGAUGGAGAAGGAAGCCGAGGGGCCGCAACUCAACAGCAAACAGAGGAAGUUUCUCAAGUUCCAGAAGCGUUUUCAGAGGAAAUCAUUCACAGAGGAUUUUAGCAUGAAUGCCGUGAUGCGUCUGAACCAGUACAAACCCGGCCUGGAGUACCGACUGCUAUCUCAGACGGGUCCGGUCCACGAGCCGGUCUUCGCCAUGGCUGUGGACUUGAACGGGAAGCCCUACGAGGCGACGGGGCCCUCCAAACGAGCCGCCAAACUGAAUGUAGCCACCAAGGUCUUGCAGGAUCUCGGUCUUCCAACGGGCUCAGAACCCAAAGUGGAGCCUGCCGUUGAUGUCGAAGGAACCCAGGAAUUAGUCAAAGCCGCCAGCACGACUUCGACCACAUCAGAAGACAGCAGUCAGGGUCCCAUCUUGACCAAAAAGGGUAAAAACCCUGUGAUGGAGCUGAACGAGAAGCGCCGCAGCCUGAAGUACGAACUGUCCGCCGAGACGGGCGGCUCCCACGAAAAGUGUUUCGUCAUGGAGGUGGAGGUUGACGGGCAGAAGUUUAAAGGGAGAGGCUCUAAUAAGAAGGAGGCGAAGGCCUACGCCGCUCUCACGGCUCUGGAGAAGCUGUUCCCGGAAGACGACAUGAACAGAAACUCUGCAAAGAAGAAGGUCACUUACACUGACAUGCACAUCCCGGGGUUCGGCACCAUCCGCGGCAUUCCUUCAGACUCUGGGACGCGGGGCUGGGGUCCCAACAGAGGUCGAGGCCGGGGCCGAGGCAAACCCUUUCUACCAGGACCCAGCUACAACCAGACCAACUACAGUUAUGAGGGCAACGCUGGCCCGGGUUAUCAUCAACUCUAUGGUAACAAUGCAGCGAGCACCACAGGCACGGGACCGGGCAGCAACGUCGGCUACGGGACCUUUUACCCCGAGGGCGGCAGCACCUACGCCUCGCCGCCCGCCGCCGGCGCCGACGCCGACGCCCCGCAGGCGGAAAGCUACCAGGCGAUGCCUCCUCCCGCGGACCAGGAGAGCCCCUACAGCUACGGCUACGGAGACGAGAAGAAGAAGAUGCUGACCCAGAGUCAGAGUGAGGCCCAGGGAGGAGACUACUCCAUGUACAGCACAGCUUACCCGAGCUCGGUGACGGGUGGACAGGUGUAUAAUAACUAUGGCUGGGGGGACCAGUCCUCUGGGGCCGAGCAGGGCGACGGCGGGUACCAGGGGUUCGGAGGAGAAAGCCAGGGCUCGUGCACUGGAUACAGCGACAUCAAUUACUGAUCAUUGCAUCGUGUGUUCAGCCUUUUAUCACCGCACUAUGCCAUCUUUGUGUUUUGGGUUUUUGAGCUCACUUCUUUUGACAUCUGGUGAAAAAAAAGUUGUAGGUUACAGAUGCAGGCUUUAUCUUUUGAUUAAAAGGUAUCCGUCUUUUUCCUCAACAUCCCUCAUCGUGUCUGUUGACACGAGUGUAAAAAAAAAAAACAUGCCGUCUUGUUUCCAGGGUUUUUGUGUUUUUUAAUCUGUUCUGUGUCCCUAGGUUCUGGUUUUUAUUUCUGCCUGUCUCUGUCCUGUAAAAUGCUCAAAUCUUUCCUUGUAAAAUAAAUGACUGUUUUUGGA